UAAAAAUACUAACCCCACCCACCAAAGCCUCCCCAACACGCACCCUGGCCUUCAUCACAGCUUCGCCUCUCUCCCUCUCUCUCUCGUUCGCCCGCGCUCUCUCUCCCGUGUCAAGUCGCAUGCAUAUGUAAGCAGCAGGCAAGAUUCCAAAGCGAAAGGGCUCUCGCUUCCUCUCCGUCUCAUCAGCUUCGCCGGCGAUGGCGGCGCAGAGGAGGCUGCUGGCCGAGGCGCCGCCGGGUCGCCAUCACAAGCAGGGCGCGCCGCCGCCGACCUGGAGCGCGGGGUACCUCAAUGGCUGGCUGUCGCAGCCAACGGGAGUGUUUGGGCUCCGCCUCUGGGCGCUCAUCGGCAUCGCUGUCGGCGCCGUCAUCGUGCUCGUGCUCCUCCUCAUCUUCGUCUGCCUCGUCCGCCGCCGCCGCCGCCGCCGCGACGACCUCGCGGCCAACCUCUACCCCGCCGACACCAAGCUGCUCAAGCAGCACCCGAAGCAGGCCACGCCGACCAAGGACAUCCAAGAAAUCGUCCGCCGGCAGCAGCAGCAGACGCUGCCUCCGGCGGUGCAGCUUACCAAAGCAGAGACACCGCCGCCGCCGCAGCAGCAGCAGCAGCAGAGGGCGCAGGCGCCCCUGGUACCGGCGGUACCCAUGCGGAAGACGCCGGGCAGCGGUAUGUCGGCAACGACGAGCGGCGGGAGCGAGCGGGACGCUGCCACGCCGAGGAGCACCGGGAGCGCCGCGCCGGAGGUGUCGCACCUCGGAUGGGGCCACUGGUUCACGCUCCGGGAGCUGGAGGAGGCCACGGACGGGCUCGCCGAGGAGAAUGUGAUCGGGGAGGGCGGCUACGGCAUCGUGUACAGGGGCACGUUGCAGGACUCCACCACGAUUGCCGUCAAGAACCUGCUCAACAAUAGAGGCCAGGCUGAGAAGGAGUUCAAGGUGGAGGUCGAAGCAAUCGGUCGUGUUCGGCACAAGAAUCUCGUAAGGUUGCUUGGCUACUGCGUAGAGGGUGCUUAUAGGAUGCUAGUGUACGAGUAUGUAGACAAUGGUAAUCUUGAUCAGUGGCUUCAUGGUGAUGUUGGGGAAGUGAGCCCACUAACCUGGGACAUCAGGAUGAACAUUAUUCUAGGAACUGCUAAAGGGCUGGCCUAUCUUCAUGAGGGGCUGGAACCGAAGGUUGUCCACCGUGACAUCAAAUCUAGCAAUAUUCUUCUUGACCAGCAAUGGAACGCUAAAGUAUCAGAUUUUGGGCUUGCAAAGCUAUUGUGCUCAGAGAGAAGUUAUGUUACAACCCGUGUUAUGGGAACCUUUGGCUAUGUGGCCCCUGAAUACGCCAGCACCGGAAUGUUGAAUGAGAGGAGUGAUGUCUAUAGCUUUGGUGUCCUUAUAAUGGAGAUAAUCACCGGUAGAUCUCCUGUAGAUUAUACAAGAGCACCUGGAGAAGUGAACUUGGUUGAAUGGCUCAAGACUAUGGUUACUGAGAGGAGAGCGGAGGAGGUAGUAGACCCUAAGUUGGCUGAAAAGCCUUCUCCGAAAGUACUGAAGCGGUCGCUUCUUGUUGGCCUUCGCUGCGUCGAUCCUGAUGCCAAUAAGAGGCCUAAAAUGGGGCAUGUAAUUCACAUGCUCGAAAUGGAUGACCUAUUCCGAGAUGAUAAGAAGCCCGGAAGGUAUGUUCAUCCUCAGACGUCAGACAGAUACAGCUCCAAGGAGGAUGGGGGCUUCAGCAAGCGCCAGAACCAACAGUAUAGAUGAUGGACAACGCGAUACUAGACUGGAAUAUGAGUGCGUAUGGAUUGCCAUUAGAGAUUAGCAAUAUUAACCAUGUUUUCAUCGCAUUCUUUCUCCCCUCAUUCAAUCUCAUAACCCACUCUUGUUGCUCUUUGAUUGUAUUAUAUGCGAGCAUCAUUCUAUGUCCACUUGAUACUUAAAUUACACACAAGUGUAGAAUAGCAUCGUGUUGUGACUUGUGACUAA